AUUACAGUAUUUUGUCGAAGCUUAUACUUUGCUAAUUUGUUGAAGCAGGAACUAAAUGACAGAUUGCUGACUGUAAACAAGGCAGCUCCUAGAGGCACUCGUGUUGAGAGAGCUCCCCGAGAGUUUCAACCUUCUUUGAGGAUCUAUGUUGGCAAUCUGCCAUGGCAAGUGGAUGAUGCUCGCUUGGAACAAGUGUUUAGCGAACAUGGUAAAGUAGUGGAUGCAAGGGUCAUAUAUGACAGAGAGACUGGUCGUUCCCGUGGCUUUGGUUUUGUGACAAUGUCAUCCCAGAAUGAAGUAGAUGAUGCAAUUGCUGCUCUUGAUGGCCAGAAUUUGGAUGGUCGGGCACUAAGGGUGAAUGUUGCUGAAGAGAGGCCACGACGCGGCUCAUUUUGAUAUUGGAGAAGCAACUGAGAGUUUCUGAAUUCUUGGAAGUCACAAUGAGUGUUUUUAUUAAGCAUUUUAGUAUUAUUGUUAUUAUUUUUUUGUAGUUUGUGCUGUAGAGGAAUUUUUGCAUGCUUUUUAUUUAUCAGGACUUUUGGGUCUUCAGUGCUUCAUUCAUGUUGAUGAUGCUGUAAUACACCAUCUCCGUCCCAUGUUGAUCAAUCCUUUUUGACAAAGUUCUUGCUUGGAAGCUAUAAGAUACAAGUUGGAGACUCAAAAAUUU